AUGCAAGUUCUACCGACUGACGCUUCAGUCAAAAAUGAGUUAAGAAGUAUGCAAGGUUGGAGAUCUCCCAACGCUCCGGUUGCUGGUCUGUGGCUGACAACCUCGUCGACAUCGUUGCUGCCUUCCACCGUCGAAAGUGUGGCGAAAUCUCUUUUUGCUCUGGAAAAGUGUCCUUCACUUAAAUAUUUCCUAUUCUCCAUCUCCCAACAAAUGGUCCACUGGGAAAGAGUUCGGGUGUGGCCCGGCGAUACGCUAUCGUCUACUGGCUUCAUCCUCUCUCCCGUGGAGCGAUGGAAGAGGGUGUUUUUCUGUGGGGCCUACACACCGAAAAGAUCUGCCUAA